ACAUAACAAAGAAAACCCAUUUCUAAACAGGAUUAUAGCCACAGGUAUAGGGUUAAGAUUUACAGCAUAUAUUUUUGGAAGACACAAAUCAAUCCAUAACAAGUAUACUGUAUAACAAAGAUAAUACUAAAGAACUAGAGUAUUUCAACAGAUUUACUAUCAACUUUGUGUAAGACUCACCUUUCACAAUGAUUUUCAUAAAAGUUUCCCACAGUGCUUUAGAAACUUCAAUUCAGGGGAAUUGAGUGAUCGAGAUUUAAGUUGGAAAGAAGAAUCACACUGAGCUUUAACAACGUGUGUUUUUCAGGGUCUGUUUCUUCCCGCUUUCUAGGGCAGCACAUGAUUAGGCUGAAAUGCUCCAAAGAGACACAUGAGAGAACACUGACUUUAAUCUCUCUGAAUUAGAAACAAACUGCAAACCAAGCAAAUAACAAAGAAAUGCUGGCUUCUCGACCUGUCCAAUUGGUUAAGUUGUUAGUUUGACAUCUAUACUAAUAUAUGAAAUUUACUGGCUUUGAUUUUCCUGGUUUGGAUUUUUAUUCACAUCCUCCUGGUUCUCAUGCAGGUUUAUUAACUGGUGUAGUGGUGGACUCUGGAGAUGGUGUAACUCACAUUUGCCCAGUGUAUGAAGGCUUUUCUCUCCCUCACCUUACCAGGAGACUUGAUAUUGCUGGAAGGGACAUUACCAGAUAUCUCAUCAAGCUGCUUCUGUUGCGAGGAUAUGCCUUCAACCAUUCUGCUGAUUUUGAAACUGUUCGCAUGAUUAAAGAAAAACUAUGUUAUGUGGGGUAUAAUAUUGAGCAGGAGCAGAAACUGGCCUUAGAAACCACAGUAUUAGUUGAAUCUUAUACAGUAAGUAUUUUUGGUAUAUAAUACAUACUUUUCUACUUUAGGGUAUAAUUAGAUAUGAGAUAUUAUCUGGAGAAUUCUAGUAUCUGGAAUAUCAUUUCCAAACGUGUUUUACAGAAUGUAUUUUCCUGAGAUGUUGAUAAGUGUUUCACAGAAAUUUUAAAAAGAGUCACAUUGUCAAAUAAGUUUGAAACACAGUAGGUUUUGCUUUGCUGCAGGACUAUAGUAUGCCUGUUUCUCCGAUUUAUUAGGCUGUGGAACUCUUGAGCAUUGCAUGGGACUAGUGUUCUAUGGAAACAUGCAUAUGUUGGCAAAUGGUUAUCCUAGAGUAUUGCUUUAAUAAUUCAGUAGGUGGCAGCCUUUUCCUGACUUGAUAUUUUCUUCAUGAGGUGUUCAAAACAAGUGUUAAUUGGAAAUUGUAACUAAUGAGACUUAGAACCUAGUUAUUGUUUACAACACCAAGGGGAGUUGAUCCUGCCUGAAUUUUUAACAAGUUACCAUCUUAAGCCUAUUAACUUCCAUAUCUCAUCCUUGAUCUUGUUAUUACCAAAAUGAAAUAGAGUAAUAGAAAAUGAAAGCAAAUUUUCUUAAACCGUUUGAUCCAUGCUAGCUCUAAAUAUUCAUAAAUAUGUGCAAAGCGAUCAUUUUAAAAACAAUUUAGAAAUAAUUGU